UUCCGUUUUUUACCUUUUGCCAAAAUUCCGCCUUUUUUGGAAUCCCGUCUUUCGCUUUUUAAACUCUGUUUCGGCUCAUCCCUGUUACGGAUUAUGGAACGUGUCAAAAUAAAAAAAUAAAUUCCCAAUUUCGAAGUCGGAACAGAACGUUUCUUCCUAUGGAUAAUAAAUCCUCGAAUUAGAUUAUUUUAUGUGUCUGCAGAUUUUUCAAAAAAAGAAUCAAUUUAAAAUUAAUUUAUAACAAUUUUAAAAAGGCAAUUAUAUCGUUACUUUAUUCCUUCCAAUGAUCACAAUUUUUGGAAUGCAUCGAGAAUGGCGUUCUUUAAUGGAUAGAGCAAUUACUUUUUGGAUGUUAAUUCCUCUAUUUUUUCUACAUUUUAUUUUUCGAGUUAAAGUUAAAGCUAUUGGGGAUGAAAUACGUUUAGAUGAACCUUCUAUAUUAAUUUUAAAUCAUAGAACGAGGUUGGAUUGGUUUUAUUUUUGGUUAGUUCUGUGGAGAAUGAAUCCGUAA